GCGUUCAGUUCAGUAGUUCAGUUAGUUUGCGACGUUUGCGAGCGUUGACGGUUUAGUCAAGGAACGUUCGUGAUUACGCUGCGGUUUUAUUUAAAUAACCCGUCGUCCACUUAGUUGAUACCAUAGCAUGUGCCCACCAGUUCACAGCAAAGUGCACGUUUAUCUGCCGCACCACCAGCCGCACAAUAAACUCGUCUCUUACGGCUACCGUUAGGGCCACACCGCGGUGCAUCGUUUCCUUCGAGAAAAACCGGCAUUAACCGUCGCAAGUUUAACAGCAUUCCACCCCGAGAUUUCAGCUUAACGACCGGUCUACAUUCGUGUGCAGUGGUAGCAUGAUUUUUUUUUGGAUAUUCUAGUGAAAAGUUUGUUCGGGAUCGCGUCUGUAUCGGGUGGCCGAGUUCCUGCACGUGGUGAGUUGAAUAAUUGUGCACGCGCGUCGCAACGGGCCACGUAUAUUUUCCCCGUCUCGUCCCGUCAUACGGCCGUGCUAUUUGAUCGGAACGUGAGCGACACAAAGAUCGAGGGAGAAGAGAAAAAAAGGUAGCAGGAGAAGAAAGAGGCACGCGUGAAAAAGAAGCGAUCGAGUGAACGGGACAGAGAGAUCGGGGACGAGAUACGAAAUUGCGAGAGCGGCCGAGGAGCGUGCAAGAGAUCGAGGGACGAAGAAGGACAGCGAUAGAAAUCCCAUUUCGACGAGUAACCAGCAGCGAGCAAGAUGAGCUGUUGCACGAGCGCCCCGAUUGUAACCCAGACCUGCGAGACUUUGUUGAGCAAGUGCGAGGUGCCGAUCAUCGACCUCGCUCACAUGGGGACUGAGAGGUGUCCUCAAAGGGGUGUCGUGAAGCAAGUCGGGUCGAAGCUGGUAAGGGCGCUGUCUGAGAAAGGACUGGCCUUGCUCGUCAACCACGGCAUUCCGGAAUGCAAGAUGAAGGCCGCGUACAGAGCUUUCGACGCAUUCUGCGAGCUGAAGGAGGACUCGAAAGCGAAAUACGAGCGCGUCACAUCGGGCAAUCACGGAUACGUGAAACCAGGACCGUCAAAAUACACCGACGAGAAGGAAGCUCGACACGUUUUCAACGUGAUCGGCUCCGAAGGAAAUCUUCCAGACGAGGAGGUGCCUGGUUUCAGAUCGGCGGUCGACGAACUCGCGAGGGAUUUCAAACAACUCUCGGCCAUGCUCCUAACCGCUCUAGCCGUGGGCCUAGAUCAAUCCCCUGAUUUCCUGCUCUCGAAGCAUUCGCGGUUGCUGGGACCUGGAAACGAGUCGACUCUCCGUCUCCUCUACUACCCACCGCUUGGUGCUCCAGCGCCAGGACUGGCUCGUUGCGGCGCUCAUUGCGAUUAUGGGACCUUCACGUUAUUAGCGCAGGAUUGCGAGGGAGGCCUAGAGAUCCAGACACCGUUCGGAGAACGAUGGGGAAGAGUCGGUCACCUCCCGGGUGCUAUUCUAGUGAAGACCGGCGACAUAUUAGCGAAUUGGACAAACGAUCAACUGCCCGCAUUGAGACAUCGAGUCGUCGUGCCGGAGCACUGCGGCCGAGGUCGUCACUCCGUUGCAUUUUUCGUACACCCGGAUAACGAUGCCUCGAUCAAACCUUUAGACACAAAAAUCGCGAUACUGAAUCAGGAAGCGGCGCCGUGUCGUUUACAGAAAAAGAAACGCGGCGUACUAAACGCGUAUCAUCACAUUCAACGUCGUUUACGAGAAACUUAUGCCUCUUAACACUGUCACGAUAGGAGCCACGUUUUUGUGUUCUCUUCAUCAGGAUACAUCCAAUGAUCACCGUUGAUAUCGAUUACAUGGUGAAAAGACCUGAAACUUUCGAACGUCAGACCGAAUUCUCUUGAGACAUUACAAAUUUUUCUCGACAGAAACUAGUAUGCAAAGAAAAGAAAAAUGUGAUACGAUGGUUCAAAUUCGUCUGAAGAAGAUCCAUCGGUGAAAUGUAAGAGAAAGUGUUGCUACAAAAAGAGAGCAAUAAUAAAAUGAAUUUGUACUUAGAUUUUGUAAAACCGCAUUUUAUACAAAUAUAAGUUAAUCUCCCGCUGGCGCGAUUAAAGGUAGGAAGGCAGACGGGCAGAAAGGAUUACGUUUUACGUUGUGUACUUUUAAUUUUGUAUUUGUGGAUUUAUUAUUUUGUAUGUUUUUAAAUACAAUGACAUCUGAUUAAAAUCCAGGA